CCAAGCACCCUAACCACUCUAACAUGUGAAAUAAAAUAUGAGGACAAAGCAUUCAGUGCUUUAGAGGGGUUUGGUACAAAGACUCAUUGCGCUCAUUGCGCAAGUUAAUAAGCAUGCACAGAAAGAAAGUGCAUGUUACCACUGCUAAGUAGGAGUGGACGACUAAAGAAAACUUAUUUAUGGCAAAAAGAUGAGCAUGGGAAAGUAUAAAGACAGCACUAAGUGGAAAAUAUCAACCAUCUGAAACAAAAGCAUGAAGGAAGGCUGACAAAAGACUUACAAUGUCCUGUGUGCCAGUGUGAGCUCUUUUUGGAAGGUAGGAUGUCUCAUUUCAAGAGGACAUCCAAGGACAAACCUGAUGGAAAAGAAAGAAAUGAAAGAUCAGCGCAGAGACCAAAGAGAAAAGGGGCUAAAAGUUCUACAAACAAUACUGGGGAAAGGCUUCCAAGUAUUGGUUCUUUGCAGACUAGGGCAACGGAGAAAUCAGUCACUCCCGCCCAGGCCGGGAAAAGAAAGCAUGUUCAGCCUCCCAUCACUACUGCCCUCCAGAACAGCUUCAUGGCACCCUGGGAAGGCUCCUCCAAUUCGGAGUCCUCGUUUACCAGCAUUCCUUCUGUUUCUUCUCAUCCUUCUGAUCUUUCUCCUCUUCCUUCUCCUCCCCCUCCUCCUCGACCCCCUGCACUGAACAAAUCAUCCGAGAAUUCAAAAUCUCCAAAUCCACCGCCGGCAAUCAGAGCCUCCAAGCCCAGUAGUCAGCAAAGCGUUAGUGUGAAGCGACGACUCCUACCUUUGAGAGGAUCCUCCAGACCCCCGCACUUACCUCCACUGCGCAAAGUUACAAAUCUCAGUUUUUCACGAAGCUUUACGUUCUCGUUUUUUGAGCUGCCGUGGCAUCAGUCACUGCAAAACCGAGCAGAUCGACUCAAAGAGAUUGUUGUGAUUCUGAGGAAGAUACAGUACUGAUUGAACUGCAUUCAUUUUCCCUGUAUUUUUUCGGCCAGACUCGAUUCCCGUGCUUGGGGGGUUUCCUCCGGGUACUCCGGUUUCCUCCCACAGUCCAAAGACAUGCAGAUUAUGCUGAUUGGUGUUCCCAAAUUGCCCGUAGUGUGUGAGUGAGUGUAUGUGUGUGUGCCCUGCGAUGGAUUGGCACCCUGUCCAGGGUGUACCCUGCCUUGUGCUCUAAGCCUCCUGGGAUAGGCUCCAGGCCCUCCACGACCCUGAAUACAGGAUAAAGCGGUAUAGAUGGUGAGUGAGUUAUUAUUUAUGUAAUUUGUCUAGCUGAUCAGUUACUUGAUUCGGUUUUAUUGUAUGAGAUACCAAACGAAACAAUUUAAAAAUAAGUUUCAAAUUGAAACCAAUAGCAAUUUCAAUCUGACUAAAAAAGUCAUGGUAAUAAAUGCAUGAUACAUCACUUUGUAAUGUACUGCAGGUUAAUUGUAUUUUUUUUAUUAGUAUUAUAAUCAUGGACAAAAGAAACACUGCACAUAUAAUUUUUUUUCCAAAGUUGAUUUCUAUCAAAUCACUAAGAUUUUAUACAAAAGUCUGUGUCCAUCAGCAGCAGAAAUUCAAUAUUCAGACAGCACUGACAAUGACAUAGACUCAACAUUGUCCCACGAUGCGGCCUCCUUGUAGCUGCGUAACCCUAGAAUGCCAACAGCAGUAGUGGUAGCGUUUUCUCCACCAUUUCUCGUCAAGUUAGUCUGAUUUGUCUGGACAUUGUCUAGACGUAGGGCAAUCAGCAGUGGAACCAGUGUUCAGGAUCUCUUCCAUAGCCUGGGAAUGGUAUUCAUACGGUGUCUGGCGACAUCUGUUUGAGUGGCACCAAGUUGAAGCAUUAUUAUUGUGGUUUUCGUAAAAGUAUAUAAAAGUAUAUACAUAUCUUUGGGUAAUUUUUAUAGGGCAGCAUUUCUUUUGUC